AUGGCAGCCAAAGGCACAACCAUCAAGCGCAUCCUCAAAGAAGCCGCCGAGAUCACAACAAAUCCCACUCCAGACUUACACGCCGCUCCUCUAGAAGAAAAUCUCUUCGAAUGGCACUUUACAGUUCGCGGUCCUCCUGAGCCAUCUCCUUUCGCUGGCGGUGUCUAUCACGGCCGCAUAAUCCUUCCUCCGGCAUACCCUUUACGACCUCCUUCUUUCCGCUUUCUCACUCCCUCGGGCCGCUUCGAACCCAAUCGCGAAAUCUGUCUUAGUAUCUCUGGCCAUCAUGAAGAGACCUGGCAGCCUGCUUGGGGCAUACGCACUGCCUUAGUCGCCAUCAGGAGUUUUAUGGAUACCGAUGCUGGAGGUCAGGUUGGUGGUAUGAGUGCCCCUGACAAUGUGAGGAAGCAGUUGGCAGAGAAGAGUAGAGAGUAUUCUUGUGCUGGUUGUGGGAAAGGUGCUUUGGCUAUCCUCGAAGAGCAAGAGAAGAGAUGCAAAGAGCUGGGCAUUGAGACAACAAACGAAGAAGAGAACCCACUGCUCGGCAAGAUUGGUUUAAUCGAACCUAAGAAGGAAGGGGCCACUACUGAACCCUCUGCUGCAACAUCUACAACACCUCGAACUGGCGAAGCUGUGUCUUCGUCCUCGCCAUCACCGCCUACGGUGGCCGCCGCUCAGGAAGUCAAACCUACACCUACGACUCAGCAAUUACAACAACCGCCCACUCAAUCCUCGCCUCAAACUCAAACACAUUCUGCCAUCCAAACGCAACAACGACAACCACCAGUCCAACCACCAGCAACCACAACAACAGACGCCUGGAUCGACAAAGCCAUCAUCGGCAUAGUCAUCGCUCUCGUCCUCAUGAUCUUACGCCGCAUCGCUUGA